AUGGCGCUAAACGUGGAGUUUAAUCGCCAGUCCAAGCGCGUGAAGGUCACACCCGGCACGACGAUGUUCCAAGUUCUAGCAGAAGCACGGGAACAGUUCGGAUUGAACGACUCGCGACAGUACCAGCUCCUGCACCGCAGUAGACCCAUCGACCUGUCAAUCCCCUUUCGUCUCACUGGUAUUUCGAACAAUGCCUCCGUUGAAAUGAAGGAGCUGGAGGGGGCGGACGAGGUGCAGCAAGUGCGCGUGUGCGUCCAAUUGAGUGACGGCAAGCGUGUCCAGGCAUCUUUUGGGAGCGACGCUACCAUAGAACGCAUCCUAACAUUCUUUAAGCUGCUUCCUGCGCCAGAGCAGUUCUCCCUUGGAUUCCUGCGACGUGAGGUUGAAUCACAUGCUUUCGCGACGACCACUCUGGCAGAUUUGGGCAUACUAAGUGGCUCAGCGAUGUUUCGCGUUCAAGCUACAGAUGGACAGCCGAGCUCCACUCCAAGCGCUCAGAAAGCUUCUGUGACAGCUACUCAUAGCAUCACCGCGUCUUCACAGAAGUCUCAUGAUUCGUUUGCAUCUACUACGCCGAGCCCACCCUACCAGCCUGCUGCUACAUCGGAAACGUUGAACCGUGUUCUUCAGCCGCAGACUGAGGACGUUGAGAUGAAAGAGCCUGUCGGUGAGAAAGGAGCAAACGAUGAGGAGAGUAUUAUCGGCAGUUAUGAUGCACUGCAGCUCUUGCGAGACAGCAACUUUGAUGCAGUAUCGCGGACAGCUGUCACGACACUGAUGAAAAUUAUCACGAAUGUCCUAUCCGAUCUAGAAAAUGAUAAAGUGCGCUCGAUCCGCUUGUCAAAUGCAGCAUUCACUCGUGCAGUGGGACAAGUGAAGGGGGGCCUGGACUUUCUUAAGUCUGUUGGAUUUGCAGUGAUCCCCGACACACAAAUGCUCAUGCUCAGUCCUAGCCCAAGCGAAAAAAGCGUGCUGGAGGAGGGUCUCCGAUUGUUGAGCGUUGAGGCAGAUGAUUUGAGCAUCUCGCCGGACACGCGCCCAGUUGUUCGCGAAAAGAAGACAAACCCGACUUUUGACGUGUUUCGGACGCAGAUUACCCGAGUGCAGAUGCAACCUCGUGGCCCAAGUACGACUGAAGUUCUUGUUGACGCUUUAAAGUCGAAACAAGACCAACUGCUUGGACACGAGAAGCCUCCUCGCAACACAACUUUACUAAUUUCGAGUCUUAGAGCUCGACGGGAGGAAAUGGAAAAGACGAAGAACUUUCGUACUCAGGCGAUGCGUGAACUUGACGAGCUUAAGCGUAAAAAGGUCUAUCAAACCGCUUUAAUUCGAGUUCAGUUUCCGGACCGAGCUGUCGUGCAGGCCUCUUUCCACCCGAACGAAACGAUCCAAGACGUCAUGGAUCAUGUCGCAGAGUGCUUGACGGAUCAGUGUAAACCUAACAGGUUUUACCUCUACGUAACGCCUCCGACUCAGAAAUUGGCGACUACAAAGACCCUGGCCGAGCUGAACCUUGUACCUGCUGCUCUGACGUAUCUCUCGUGGCUGGACAUGCCUCAAGCCGAGAAUGCUAGCAUCGGUUUUUACAUUCGUCAGGAUCUGGUAAGUGGUGCUGAUCUUGUGUCGAAUGGACUACGUUAUUAA